AUGGUUCUCGGCAGACUCUUGCUCCCAGCGAUCGCGCUGGGGCCGCUCGUGGCCGGCCAUCCUACUGGCAACAAUGUCGCCCGGCGAGAGGGCCUCGAGGAGGAACAUGCAACCGUCUACGAUUCGACAGUAGCCAAGCCCACGCAAGUCCCUGAUGUUGUCCUCUUCGUCAAUGAGGCCGGCGAAACCAUCGGAAGCGCUGCCGAGGACGUGCUGCUGCUGCCGACGGACGGGGCUUCAAGUGACUGGCUACCAGAGGGGGCUUACCUGUCUUCUCCAGGAGCAUCCCCUCCGCUUGCAGACGGCAACGAUGCUUCGGACUCGCGUCGCCGCGUGUCCGCACAUGUUGCUCAUGACCUAUCUGGCCCGGCCAAUUCACCCAAGAGUGCGACACAUACCAUCCAGGCUCCCGCGGCCAAGCCAAAGCCUGCGCGGUCCGACGCAGAGGCUUCUUCGCAUGUUCAACCGUUCAACCGCUCCGACGCCACCUCUCAUGGAUCCUCGUCCAGGUUGUUUGGAAUCUCAUACGCCCCAUACCGCGCCGAUCAUAAGUGCAAGUCCAAAACUGAGAUUGCUAAAGACUUUGAGCGUUUUGGAAAAUACUACUCCAUGGUCCGCAUCUAUGGCACAGACUGUGAUCAAGUCGGCCCGGUUCGCGCAGCUGCCAAGGCUCAUGGCAUGAAGGUCUUCCUAGGUAUCUGGGAUCCAGCCGCGGUCAAGGCUGAGGCUCAGAAAAUCAUCGACGUGUUCCACGGCGACUGGAACAUGGUGGACACGGUCAGUGUCGGCAACGAACUGGUCAAUAACCAUCAGUCGUCUCCCGAGAACAUGGUCCGAGCUGUUGGCGUCGCGCGUUCCGUCCUCCGCAAGGCUGGGUAUCGGGGCCCAGUCGUGACUGUCGACACCUUCGUGGCCUAUCUCGACCACUCGGAGCUGGGCCAGGCAUCCGACUACUGUGCCAUCAACGCGCAUGCCUUCUUCGACUCGACCAUUUCGGCCGCUCAGGCCGGACGCUGGCUCCAAGACACUGUCAAAAGGGUCAAGUCUGUUUGCCCAGGCUCUAAAAGAGUCGUCGUCACCGAGACAGGGUGGCCCACCAAGGGUGAUGCCAAUGGCCAUGCAGUCCCUGGGCUCAAGAACCAAAAGUUCGCUAUGGACUCGAUUAAACACGAGUUUUCCGCCAACCCAGCCGACGUCGUCCUCUUCUCUGCCUUCAACGACCUUUGGAAGAAGAGGGAAUCAGCCACCUUCAACGCUGACCAAUACUGGGGCAUCGACGGUGCCGUGUCACACUCUGACACUUAA